AUGGAACACAACAUAUCGAGUGCUUGCAACAGUGACCUUGUGCGGAGUCAACCCUCAUACGAUCAAAAUGAGCAUCCAUUUCCGUAUACUCGCUCCAAGACUAGAUGGCGUAAACGUCCAAACGAUGAACUUAAGUACUUAAAAGAUGAAAUUGCUGUGCUUGAGAGUUUACUUGAGACUUUAAGCCAUCCGGGCUCUAAAUCAAAGUUGUUGAGCACUGGUGAAGGCGGUAAAGGGAAGAAAGAACUUGAAAUGCUUCAAAAAGUUUCGGAGGCGAGUCAUGAGCGAAAGUUAGCGGCUGCUUAUGCAGAAAAUCGUCGACUGAAGAAUAUGGUUGCGAGUUAUUUUUAUGUGGCCAAGGCUCUACAAAACGCGCUUGACGAAAAUAUGCGAUUACGAGCACGUAAAGUUUGCUGGCCUAAUAGUACCGCUGCAUCAGAUGAGUUGGUGUUUGCUUUGUUGGACGAAGAGAAGGAAUUGCAGUACGCAGCUGUAGAUAAGGUUUUGGACGCAAGCGGCAUUGCACGAAUCUAUCAUCCGUACUCUGCAAAGCUUGAAUUUCAUCGGGACGCAGAAGGCGUAUAUUUCCAACAUAAUGACGUUCGUGUGCUCCCGUUUUCCGUGGAAGACGUUGUUAGUGCUUUGCGCCACAGUCUAUCGCAUGGAGCAAAUGUUGGUCCGUCUCAUCACUGCCAGAAAUUCUACACACAGGAUGCAUUUUCGCAAGUUGUUACACUAGAUAGAGUGGAAGUUCCGGGCUCACUCCCAGCGCAAGUUACUGCGCGACAUUUGUUAUGGUUUGUCGUCACACCCUUCCGGACAGUCAUUAACUGGUCAAGUUUUAAUGAGUACGCCGGGGCGAAACACAUACGACUUCUAAAACGAUUGUGGCACUCUGUCGAGCCCAUGACUUUGGAUGGCAGCCCUAGAGGACAAGGUUGUAUUUUACGCACAGUUGUUCGCUUUACACCUGUGGACCCGGAGAUUAAUCUGAAGGACAUUGAAGAGAUGGCAGAUGUAAUUAUCUCGUGCUACAAUCGCGACUCGUUUCGAGUUGUGAUGGCUGUAAGAGCGCAGCUUGCAGCUAUAGCUGCAGCAAGAGAUCGAGGAACUAUUUUGUAA